AUGAAUAAACAGCGUAAUAGGAUCAAUGCAGGAUUUUGUCUACGAAUACUUCGCAACCGAAAACCGCAUUAUGUUCUGAUGCAGUGGUAUAAUAGUACCACUACGACUGUGCAUUCUGGGACUCAGAAGAAAACUCUCUUGCAAAAAGCGAUAUCGUCGUAUUCGUGUUACGAUUCGGAAAUUGAAGACAUGCACGACUAUAAAGAUAGUCAUACUGCUGUGCUUACGGACGCCGAACGUCCACAUCAAUGCAAUUCAGACACACGCGACGAAAAAUCAGCACCAGGAGGAUGGACCCUCAUAUUAGUUGUAGCAGGUGUUACUUGCUGCUUAGGAUCAGCUGUACCAGCAGGAUUUAACAUAGGAGUAUUAAAUAAUGCAGCCCAUUUGGUAGGAGGAUUUUGUAAUGAAAGUGUCAAGGAAAGAUAUGGAGUAGAUGUUUCUGAUAAUGGUCUAAAAAUAAUUUGGUCUACUGUUGUUUCAAUUUGUUUGAUUGGUGGCGCAGUUGGUUCAUUUUUAUCUAGCUGGAUAGCAGAUAGGUAUGGAAGAAAAAAGGCCCUAUGCAUUGGAAACAUAUUUGGCAUUGUAGGAGCUGUUAUGUUUUUCCUAGUACGCAAAUUAAAUUCCAUCGAACUCUUGUUAGCAGGUCGAUUAGCUGUAGGCUUUUCUGGAGGUUUUGCGACAUGUUUAGUACCAAUGUACAUGGCAGAAAUUGCACCACUCAGACUGAGGGGUGCAGUUGGAGUUUUAUGUCAACUAGGACUCACAGGUGGAGUGUUCUUAGGACAAAUUGCAGGACUUAAUACAGUUCUGGGAACUGAAAACUCUUGGCAUUAUAUGUUAGGAGCAUUUGUCCCAUUAUGUAUGUAUGCCUUGGUUGUUACGAGCAUUGUUUUACCAGAAAGUCCUAAAUAUUUGUUCAUAAUUAAAGAGCAGAAACAAAAAGCUUUAGAUGAACUCAGGAGGAUACGUAACAUGGAUGUAAUGUUACUACAAGUGGAGAUUUCUAGUUUGCAGCAGGAAAUAGAAAUGAAAACGACAGUUGAACCUUGGACUGUCAAACGUAUUUUAAAAGAUCCAAGUUUAAGGCUUCCUAUAUUUUUAGUUUGUAUAAUACAGUUUGGACAACAAAUGAGUGGUAUAAACGUUGUAUUUUACUACUCGAACUUUAUAUUCGUCGAUGCUGGACUUGGCAUCACUGGAGCACAGUAUGCUACUCUUGGAACUGGUGUAGCUAAUAUUGCUAUGGCUCUUGUCUCGGUACCAGUGAUGUCAUCCUUAAAUAGAAGAGGUGUCCUACUCACCAGUAUUUACUUGUGCUUCGGAUGUUUAUUAGUUUUAUGUACUUCUAUCUUAUUAAUUCAUGUGUCUUCGCGUAUGCCGAUUGUGUGUACAGUCACCGUUUUGGCCUAUGUGAUAUUUUAUGGUAUUGGUCUUGGUCCAAUACCUUACUUCAUCGGAUCUGAAUUAUUCGAUGUUGGUCCCAGACCAGUGGCUAUGGCCUUGGGUAGUAUUUUUAAUUGGGGUGGAAAUUUUAUAGUUGGCAUGAUGUUUCCAACAGUAGAAAGUAUUAUAGGAGCAUACACCUUCUUAAUAUUUGUUGGAUUCCUUUUACUUUUAGCACAAAUCGUUAGGAAAUAUUUACCCGAGACAAGAGGAAGAAGUACAAUGGACGUAGCGGCAUCGAUAAGUCAAGGAUUCAAAUCUAGGCCAAAUUCUACUCGUGCCGCUAAAAUUAAAAAAAUUAGUACAUGA